ACUAUUACAGAACGCGUUUUAUUCGUCGUCAACUUUAUCAAGUCUGUGUUAUACAGUAUAGGCCAUUUUGCAUGUACCUGUACUACCGAACUUUCCAUGUUCAUUAUAGCAUUAAAACGGUUGUAGUAACCAAUCAGAUUACUACAAGAUAUGGCUCUCAAGAACUAGCAAAUCAAAGUGAAGAUCAAAAGAAAACAAAAGCUUUCGUGAUUGGCAGUGGCGAUGGUCAGGUGACAGCUGCACUUGGCAACACAUGGAGUCACAGUAUCAACACUCGACUACUUCUUCAGUACCAUGACAACACAACAAGAGAAGUAAUGAUAGCAAAAUCACCUGUGGCACCCUUCACAUCUGUGUUGUACACAAUACAGGAUAAAGGCAUUGUACAAGAAACAAUGGAGGAGGAAGUAUUCUACAAAGGGACAGAUCCUGGUUUGCAAAGCCUUAAAGUUCGAACAAGUAUUGUAAGCGGAACAGACCAAAUCUCAUGACCAAGCACUUUCACUACUAUUGCACAGAUUUUCGAAGUGGUACAAUUUAUGGCGCAGUGAUGGCAACCACUGUUAAUAUAGGGUAACUAAAUUUGGUAAUCUCUAUACGUCAGUCUGUUCUGUUUAAUAAAUAAUUUAUAUUUUAAGAAAUGUUUUUUAAUAUGUUCACUCAUAAUCCACAAUUGGCUGGUCGAUGUUUCAUGAGAAUGUGAUUAAAAAACUAACUAGGUUGCUACAUUCAAUUAUUAACUUAAUUUUCUCCACAUUUAGGGGAGGACCAAUUCAUUUGUCUUACUUCCUUCGUCUUUGAAACGUCCCAUUUCAUGUAGUUUUAAGAACAUCCUUUCACUUUUUAGGGGUUUAAACCUAAUAACUCGUCUUUAAUUAAAAUUGACGUGCUGUUUGUUAUUGUCAUGUGCAUAAAACGGAUUUCAAAUUGUAUCCAGCCUGUAUGGAUAUCUUUGGAAAAAAAUAAUAAUGAUUAUAAAAAGUAUGAUGUGGACAAUUGUGGGUAGGAUAUGACAUAUCAUAAUUAUGGAGACAAUGCUCUCAGAGUGUAAUCACCGUUAUUAUUCAAUUAGCUUGCAAACCAAUGAUCAGAACUUUCUAAUGGUUCGCCUGUUUACGAGUCAUGCCGUAGUGAUUUCUAACAACUACGCUCUCUCCGCGUACAGGACAUUGCAAGAUUGCUAAUGGUCCUUCUGUUUGCUAGUCACGCUGUCGUUUGCCGGCCAAACCUGCUCUGGCUUGGUUUCACAUCUAUGUGAAUGACGAUGACGGAUCAGUCAGGAAAUGAAUUCAUUGAGCUGGCGAAGCAUAAACUGUUUACCACUUUAUUGUAGUUCAGCUGAACUUUGUCAGGCAAUGAAGGAUAUCAGGUGAUUAUUAUAACAACUUUUAACGAAAUGAACAAUACGUGAGAAAUCAUUAGAGGAUGUGGCCUCCUGUAUUGGUGAUCCAGAGAAAUAUGUUUAUUUGUUCAUAUAGUGAGUUUGAAAAAGUUCUUCCUGAAGAAGUUGGCUGUAUAUUUUUAACUUUCUUCCUUGUUCCGUUCUGACUGAAUCGUAAUCUGUUAAACCAUUAGUUUGUAUAGGUAACUCAGGAAGAAUGAAGCAAUACAUUGGUUUGCUAAAAAAAAAAAUUUGGGAAUGAAAAAAAAAAUUGAUCAUGAGUUGAUGAUACCAAGGUCAGGGGAAAAGUUGUGCUAAUUUGGGGCAGAUAAAUGCUAUAGUUUUUCCCUGUUUUUCUUUCUUACGAAAAACAGAUUUUGAUAAGUUGGGUGAGAAGUAGGUGGGAAAUUGGUUUGUAGAGGAGGCAGACCAGAAGUAGUAAAGAAAGAUAUGCCCGAGCAUAUUGUAUAUUCAAUAUUUUGCUUUAUUCUUAAACAUGAAACACUUUUUUUUUUAUAAAUUAUUGUGGAUAUACAAGUUGUGAAUGAAAUUGGAUGGAGUCACAAAUUUGUAAGCGUCAAAUAAAAGAAUUUUUGGUUUUCUUAUUUUAUCCUCUGACAAUCUUUAAAAAAUAUACAGGUCUCCCUCCAAUUAAAGACCAUUUUUUGGGACCAGGGUUUCAAUGGUCUUUAGCAGCUUUGGUCUCUAUUUAGAAUAAUAAAAAUAAAAGACAGUCAUUAAUUUGGGACCACAGAAAAGUGGUUUUUACUUGGAGGUGGUCUUUAAUUGGAGGGGUCUUUAAUUGGUGGGAGACCUGUAGUUGGGCCUUCUAAAAUAUAAAGCAAAGAAUAUAUAAAUUAAUGCAUCAUUUUAGAAUUAUGUACAGCUGUGUGUUCUAUUUUGUGACAAUCAACAGCAGCUGUCAUCUGUGACUAAUAUACAGUAUUUAUAUGAUGGAGUAAUAAUCAUAAGAGAAUGCAGCUAUGCCAAAAAUAUGUCUAUUAUUUAUUAUUCCUAUUCUCUUUCUUUAUUUGCGAUUAUGGGAAUGAACUGGUAUUCCAUAAUUCCUUUCAAUAUUCAAUUAUAUAGUAUAUUUAAACAAGUCACCACAAACAUAUUUUAUAUAGUAUCGAAUUUCAUCUUAUUUUAUAUAUACAUCUUACGUUAAUUCUUAAGUGCAAGCAUGUGAUUUUCUCCAUAAAAACAAUCAUAAAAUAAUUUGAGAUGAUAUAAAAAGUAACAAGCUUGAAUAAAAUGUGCAAAAUUUGAA